CACGUUUCACAAUUUACCAAAUCAGAAACAAAACAUUCUUCAAAGCAAAAGAACUUCAAGAUGCGUGCAUUCAUUGUGUUGUGCUUGGCUAGUGUGGCUUUUGCCGAUAAAUUGGGCUACAACUAUCACCCAGUAGGACACUCUGACUCCGGAUUGUCCUUCGCACCAGGUGGCUCUUCAGGACACGGUGGUCUCGGCGGCAGUGGCGGAUUAGCCGGUGGUGGCAGUCCUGCUAUAGGUGGACACAGCGGUGGUGGUGCCAGCGGUUUGGGUACACAUGGUGGCUCGAGCCUUAGUGGACACGGUAACUCGAUCGGAUUAGGUGGACUUGGCGCUAUUGGUGGCACCAACGGUUUGGGUGGCAUUGGUGGUACCAACACUGGCGGCAAUACGGGUCUCAGCGCUGGUUCCAGUGCUCCAGUUGCAAUUAGUCCAGCUGCUGCAGUUACAUACGAAAAGGAAUUCUACACCUUCAGCGCUCCCGAAAAUGAAUUCAAUAAUGAUAACGCAGGGCCACAAAUUUCCAGUGUUAAGAAAAACUUGCGCGUAAUUUUCAUUAAAGCACCUGAAAAUAAGGGUCUUGAGAAUGCCGCAGUACAAUUAGCCAAGCAUUCUAUUGAGGACAAGACUGCCAUUUAUGUGCUUACCAAACAACCUGACAUCGGCAAUUUGGCUCAACAAUUACAAAACACCCAGUCGCAACAGAGCCAUAAGCCCGAAGUACACUUUGUCAAGUACCGUACACCUGAGGAUGCCGCCAAUGCACAGAAGGCCAUUCAAUCGGAAUACGACCAAUUAGCGGGAAAGUCUCAGGCUCAUAACGGUGGUGUAGCGCCAGUGCUGAACUUCGCUUCUCGUGCUCCUGUUGCUGAAGGUCCCGCACCUAAAGCGCCAGCAAACUCCUACCUGCCUUCGUCGGUUCUGCGCUUAUUCCGCGCGUAAGAAUUUCUGCGAAGAUUGUUUGUAGUUAACCUUGGAAUA